GUACAAUUUGGACGCAUUGGGCUGUAGAUUAGUAUACAAUCCCUGUUGUGACACAAACACUGCAAACAAAUGAAAAAGCAAUUGAUUGUUGUGUUUGUAGUGAAGACAAUGUCCUGAAGACACACCACCGACACGAUGGAUGAGAUCAAAGAGGAAGUGAUGAUUGUGGCCGAGAAGGAGGUUUCCCGACCCACACGACCACCUCAUGGACGACACAUGAAGACAAACGCCAAUGCAAAUGAAGUGAAGAGUAACGUCCAGAUCCUGAACGAGAUGUUCCCAAACGGCACGUCAUAUGUAGAGUUGGGGCGGACGGGACCCCCACACGACCCCAUCUUCCGCAUCGGUGUUCAUGUGAAUGGCAUGACGUUUGAGGGCACGAGUCGUACCAAACAGAGGGCCCGACACGAGGCCGCCCGACACGCCAUCCAAUACUUCUCACAAACGGUUCCACUACUGCCUGAACCCACACUCUUAGCC